GGUGAUUGAUUCAAUCAAUCUGUCUCAAAUUCAAAUACUGAUCUGGUUUCGCUGGUAUCAUUCCUGAAAUUGAGAGGAAAGCGAAGGGUUUUGCCUCUAGUAAACAUUGAUUAAGAGCUCAACUGAUUUGGCGGCUAUGGGUUCGGACGGCUAUGAGGGCGCCGCCGCUCCGACUACGGGUUUGGGCGCCGGAGCUAUGGAUGAUCAUUAUAGCCGUAGUAGUUCAAACAUGGGCGCAUCAAACACAAUUCCUAUCAAUUCCUCUAAUAUUGGCUUUCAGUUGCUAAAGAAGCAUGGUUGGAAAGAAGGAACUGGACUCGGUAUUGCCGAACAGGGCAGGUUGGAGCCUGUAGAAGGAUGUGUAAAGAGGAAUAAGCGGGGCUUGGGAGCAGAUAAAGGAAAGAAGGCAAGUGAGCAUACAAAGAGUGAAAAAGCUGGGAAGGAAGUUAAAUUGCCGGUGAAAAAGAAAACGAAAGCUCUUACUAAAAAGAUGAAGAAAAUACUGGAGUUUGAGAAGCAGUUGCAAGAGAAGGAACUAGUGAUGGAAUUCUACAGGGAAUUUUGGCCAGAUAAUGUUUGAUUCAUAUAUUUCAUCAGCAAUUAUUUUCCGUUGCCUUUUGGGUGCAAGGCCACUGGUAGUUUAUUGCUUCAGAUAUGUACAUACUGUUUAGGGCAUUAAGGUGCAGUUUAUCCCUUCACUAUUACAUUUACUUUUAUAAGUAUGAUAUGUUUCAUCAGCAUUAGGCAAGAGA